UUUAACUCCUCACUGUUCCCAUGUUUCCACCCUGCAGGAGUGAAGAGACCCGCAGCCUCCAACAGAUGGUGCUGAUCUCUCUGUCCACAUCAAGAGUUGGGUGAUAAUUCAACAGUUAUGUCAUUAGGUGUGCAGCUACCUCAGCAAGGAGAGCUGUCAUCGGCGUCAUGUUCACUGCUGCAGACCCGUCCUCUGCAUCUCCCUCCUCACAUCCCCCCCUCACACCUCACACCUCACCAGCCUGCUGCUCGUUUUUGCCCCCCUUUUUCUUUUCCUUUUCUUUUUUCUGACCACAUCUGCAUCCUUCAGUCCGUCUUGUUGAAGAGUUCCUCAUCCGGCUGUCACUUUUGUAGCUCGUCUGCGUGGGCUGACACAAACUCUUCCAUACCUCCAAGAUGCACCUGAAAAGGUGAGGUGGAAAAAAAAAAAAAAGAGGAAGAAGAGGAGGAAGAAGAAGAGCGCCUCUUUUCUCCUAAGGGUGUCCACUCGUUUUUGGGCAGAUCACCCUCCGAUGCAAUUAACCCAGGAAGGCGACUUUGUCAAGGGGGACUCAACGCCGACCACCGCAGCUCUCCAGUCCGACGGCAGCGCCGGAUCUCCGGCCAAAAUGUGCAGUGAAUGUUACGUGAACCAGACGUUUGUGAACGACGAUGGGACCGUGAACGAGCACAAGCCACGCUCCACUUCGGCGCGACUCCAGACCAACGCCGUCAACAGCAGCAGCAGCAGCAGCAGCGGGGUUAUCUUGGACAUCUCCACUCUUAAGAUGGAGCAGCAGGAGAGCGAGGUGCCUCCACUGCCGCCCCGCUUCCGCUUCAGAGACCUGCUGCUCGGGGACCAGAACUUGAACGAUGACAGGGUGCAGGUCGAGUUUUACGUCAACGAGAACACCUUCAAGGAGCGUCUGAAGCUUUUCUUCAUCAAGAACCAAAGAUCAAGUCUUCGGAUUCGCGUGUUCAACUUCUGCCUGAAGCUGCUCACCUGUCUGCUCUACAUCAUCCGAGUGGUGACGGACAAUCCCGGUCAGGGGCCCAACGCCAACCACAGCGCGGGACAGCAAACCUCCAGCGGCAACAGCAAAUGCGUUGACUGCCAGUGGAACGGAUCGGUGCAGGACAGAGAGAUUAACUGGGAGCUGAUCUUCUGGGUGGACAGAAAGAUUCCUGUCUGGGCCAUUCAGGUGAUUGUGGCCAUCAUCAGUUUCCUGGAGACGAUGCUACUGAUGUAUCUGAGCUACAAGGGGAACAUCUGGGAGCAGAUCUUCCAGGUGUCUUUUCUUCUGGAGAUGAUCAACACGGUUCCCUUCAUCAUUACGAUCUUCUGGCCCUCGAUAAGGGGCAUCUUCAUUCCCGUGUUCCUCAACUGCUGGCUGGCCAAGUGUGCUUUGGAGAACAUGAUCAAUGACGUCCACAGAGCAAUCCAGAGGACCAACUCAGCCAUGUUCAACCAGGUCCUCAUUCUCAUCUGCACCCUGCUCUGCCUGGUCUUCACUGGCACAUGUGGAAUCCAGCACCUGGAGCGAGCGGGCAAAAACCUCUCCCUCUUCAACUCCUUCUACUUCUGCAUCGUCACGUUCUCCACCGUCGGCUUCGGAGACGUCACGCCGCGCAUAUGGCCCUCCCAGCUGCUGGUGGUCAUCAUGAUCUGCGUGGCUCUGGUGGUGCUGCCCCUGCAGUUCGAGGAGCUGAUGUACCUGUGGAUGGAGAGACAGAAGUCUGGAGGGAACUACAGCCGCCACCGAGCGCAGACGGAGAAACACGUCGUACUUUGCGUCAGCGCGCUGAAGAUAGACCUGCUCAUGGAUUUCCUCAACGAGUUCUACGCCCAUCCCAGACUGCAGGACUACUAUGUGGUGAUCCUGUGCCCGAGUGAGAUGGACCUCCAGGUGCGGCGAGUGCUGCAGAUCCCUCUGUGGUCUCAGCGGGUCAUCUAUCUGCAAGGAUCCGUCCUCAAAGACCAGGACCUGCUGCGAGCCAAAAUGGAUGACGCAGAGGCUUGCUUCAUUCUGAGCAGCCGUAACGAGGUGGAUCGCAUGGCUGCGGACCAUCAGACCAUCCUGAGAGCCUGGGCAGUGAAGGACUUCGCUCCAAACUGUCCCCUUUACGUCCAGAUACUCAAACCUGAAAAUAAGUUCCACGUGAAAUUUGCAGAUCAUGUCGUGUGUGAGGAGGAGUUCAAAUACGCCAUGCUGGCCCUCAACUGUGUGUGUCCAGCCACCUCCACCCUGGUCACGCUGCUUGUGCACACCUCCCGCGGAAGAGAAGGACAACAGUCUCCGGAGCAGUGGCAGAGGAUGUACGGGUGUUGCUCCGGCAACGAGGUGUACCACAUCAGAGUGUGCGACAGCAAGUUCUUCGGGGAGUACAACGGCAAAAGCUUCACAUAUGCUUCCUUCCACGCUCACAAGAAGUACGGCGUCUGCCUGAUCGGUAUAAAGAGGGAGGAGAACAAGAGCAUCCUGCUGAACCCUGGCCCGCGCCACAUCAUGGCCGCCACGGACACCUGCUACUACAUCAACAUCACCAAGGAGGAGAACUCCGCCUUCAUCUUCAACCAGGAGGAGAGGAAGGGCCGUCCAGCCGGGGGCCUUUACGACGGACCCUCGCAGCUCCCCGUGCACAGUAUCAUCGCCAGCAUGGGCACGGUUGCCAUAGAUCUUCAGAAUACGAGCCCACCUGACUCAGGCAUCAAACUGGUCCCACCUACAGUGAACGGGACCGGGGGCCGCCGGCCGAGCAUCGCUCCAGUCCAGGAGAUCGCCGACUCCUCCUCAAUCCUGCCGUGCGACCUCCUCAGCGACCAAUCAGAAGAUGACUCUGUCUUCAUAGACGAGAAAGGCCACUCUUCUACUGAGUACGUGAAAGGUUAUCCCCCCAACUCUCCGUACAUUGGGAGCUCGCCCACCUUGUGCCAUCUGUUGGCUGAAAAAGCCCCGUUCUGCUGCCUACGACUCGACCAGGGCUGCAGGCACAACAGUUUCGAGGAUGCGAAGGCUUACGGUUUCAAAAACAAGCUCAUCAUCGUGUCCGCCGAGACCGCCGGGAACGGCCUCUAUAACUUCAUUGUGCCUCUCAGAGCUUAUUACAGACCCAGGAAAGAACUCAACCCCAUUGUCUUGCUGUUGGAUAACCCGCCAGAUAAUCACUUCCUGGAGGCCAUCUGCUGCUUUCCAAUGGUCUACUACAUGGCCGGGACCAUAGACAAUUUGGACAGCCUGUUACAGUGUGGCAUUAUCUACGCCGAUAACUUGGUUGUUGUGGACAAAGAGAGUACGAUGAGUGCCGAGGAGGACUACAUGGCCGACGCCAAAACUAUCGUCAACGUGCAGACGAUGUUCAGGUUGUUUCCCAGCCUCAGUAUCAUCACGGAGCUUACUCAUCCAUCCAACAUGCGGUUCAUGCAGUUCAGAGCAAAGGACUGCUAUUCACUGGCCCUCUCCAAGCUGGAGAAGAAAAGAGUUUUAAAUGCUGUUGACCCUGGCUCUCCCCCACAGAAAGAGCGUGAUAAAGGCUCCAACUUGGCCUUCAUGUUUCGCCUACCCUUCGCUGCUGGCAGAGUGUUCAGUAUUAGCAUGCUGGACACCCUGCUGUAUCAGUCUUUUGUGAAGGACUACAUGAUCCUCAUUGCGAGGCUGCUGCUGGGGCUGGACACCACUCCAGGAUCAGGAUACCUCUGUGCUAUGAAAGUAAAAGAGGAGGAUCUGUGGAUCAGCACGUAUGGCAGACUGUUCCAGAAGCUCUGCUCCUCCAGUGCUGAAAUUCCUAUCGGGAUCUAUCGGACAGAGUCCCAUAUUUUCUCCACUUCUGAGUCCCAGGUGUCGGUCAGCGUUGACGACUGCGAGGACACAAAGGACCGGGGCGACGAGCCUCGCGGCAACGAGCAGUCCGAUCACCCCCUGCUGAGGAAGAAGAGCAUGCAGUGGGCGCGGCGGCUGAGUAAGAAAAGCGUGAGGUGGCAGGGAGUGAACCGGGACUCCAGCAAGGACCACGCCCAGCGCAUCGCCCAGCAGCGCCUCAACCUCUACCGGCGCUCCGAGAGGGAGGAGCUGUCCGAACUCGUCCGCAACCGCAUGAGGCAUCUGGGCCUCCCGACGUCUGGAUAUGAAGACCUAACAAAUCUAACAGCCAGUGACGUCAUGAACAGAGUCAAUCUGGGAUACCUACAGGGUAAGAAUUCAACUUACAGAAGGCAGAUCACAACACUGUCAUACAGGCGUGUUUAUUUCAACUUGCUGACUGUGGUGACGUUUCUGUUUUCAGAUGAGCAGAAUGAUCACCAGAACACUCUGUCCUACGUCCUCAUCAACCCGUCUCCUGACACCAGGCUGGAGCUCAAUGACAUUGUGUACCUGAUUCGUUCGGACCCUCUGGCUCACGUCCCGGAGGAGCCUCCGCUCCACAGCAGCAGCCUGAAGGAGAGACGCGAGUCCAGCACAGACACCAGAGAGGACACCCAGCUCUGAUAGCAUGCUGACCUUCACCGGUUCACUCCUUUUUUGAGUCAUCCCCCCUUCAGCUGUCACGAGGGGGAGGGGUCUGGCUGCGUCCGUGCAGGUCCGACGUGAAUGAGGACAAUCUGUGCUGCGAUGUUUCCAAGCGCUGCAGUGUACAACUGUAUUAUACGAGUGCCUAUGACAUUUGACAUGUCAUCCGUGGCGUUUUCAUCCUCUCGCCACAAACAGUGUGUGUGAGAAAAGUGUAUUCAUGUCUGUGAAUGCUCUCUCAGAUGAGCGGUCGUGGACAAGCUCGCCCACGUGUUAAUUUAGCUUCAGGUCCGGUCGAUCACACUGAUUCCAAUCUGAUUCACCAAAUUAAGCAGUGAGGAUCACAGGAUGACCUCUCUGAUAUUCAUUGAAACUGCAUCUAAAAGUCUACGUUUUGUUUAUGCACUUUUGAAUUGUGGCUCCACUCAGGAAAAAGUGCAAGUCGACCAUCCAGAUCAGAUACUUUUGGUCUUUUCUCGUCCUUUUGGGAUGACCAGAAAUCAGACGCGCAUACACUAAAUUUCCUCCGAGCCAUGCACUCAUCACGUGAAAUCACAACCUCCAACACAUCCAACCCUAUGUGACUUAUAUGAAAUAUGUGCAUUAAAGCUUUCAAAAGCUUAUUUUUGUAGCUGAACACAUAGAAGUAUUUAUUCAGUGGUGUAGAGGUCUUAAUUAGUAAGUUAUGUACAAACUAUGAUGGUAACUGUAAAUGUUCACUGCCGUACAUUUCUUAGUUUGGACGAGGCACUAACAAUAGUUUAGUUCAGCCCUUUAAACAGGACAUGUCAUAUAUUCAGUACAGUGCCAUGAAGUAUUUAUUUGACGAUUUGUAAUAUAGUGACAAGAAAACCUGAUUUAACCUUCAGCACUGCUCGGUGAAAAGCGUUUGCUUACUGAUUAAUCAGCAUUUUGUGCGGCUGUUUCGUCGAAGGUACGUAUUUCUAAACAUGCUACACAAGAAUUUUUGACUCUGACUCUUUGACUUCGUACAUAAUUGAAUGUUGAAAUAUAUUUGUACUUGAGUUUCAUUUCAUUUUAAGGUGCACAUUAAAGUGCUGUAUGAUGAAGAAAGGA